AUAGUUACGUGUCGGACAUUUUUCAAUUAACCUUACCUGUUGUUAUUGCUUUUUAUCUAGUUCAACAUUAUUUCUCCAGAAAAAUGCCAAGACCAGCUUCAGCUCAAUCUGAACAAGAAGACAAUACUGAUUUACUAUUAAUUGAAGAAUAUGAACGAUUAAAUAAUCAAUUAAGAAUAUUACAAAAUGAACGUCAAAAACAAACUGAAGAAUUUACUGUUAAACUAGGAAAAUAUAAAAAAGCUACAGAAAUAUUAGAAAAAGAAAAUGAAGAAAUUAAAUGUUUGUUAACAUUAGUAGAUAGCGAACAAAAUAGAAAACAAGAUAUGAAAUGUAUUGAACAAUUAAAACAAAUUUUAAAAGAGCAAGAUAAUAUACAAUUACAAAUUGAUGAAUUAAAAACUUAUGGAAAACGUUUAGAUAAUGAGACACGUAAAAUAGAAAAUCUUAUCCAAGAAAAACAACAAAUUCGUAUGAUACAAACUAAAAAAGAAACUGAGACCAAUGAAUUAAAAUUACAAAUUGAAAAAAAAUUAGUUACUAUGGAAAAUAAUUUACAUGAAAAAAAUAUGAAAUUUUGUGAUACAUUAGCAUAUAAUAAUAAAAUACGCCAUGAAAUAGAAUGUGCUAGAAAUGAACGAAAUAUUUAUUAUGCAAUACAUCAAAAAUUAAAAGAUAAAUUAAUACAUUUAAAUAAAUUAAAAAUUAAAUUAAUUCAACAAGCAAGUCUUACAUAUGAUCAAAGAGCGGAUGCCAAAAAUAAAAGUAAUGCAUUAAAAGAAAAAAAUGAUAAAGAUAAUAUUGGAUUUGAAACUGAAAUGAAAGAUUUACAAAGAAUUAUUGAUCAUAAUGAUCAAUUAAAAAAAUUUAUGACAAUUAAAUCAGAUGAACGUUUAGAUUGGAAACAGAAAGCAGAAAAUCGUCGACGUAAAUAUGGUGCUACUGGUGAAAUAGCACAACAACAGAGAAGUAUAAAAAUUCAAGAAUAUGAAUCAGCAAUGAAUCGUUUACAACUAAUCACUAGAAAAUCUGAUGUUGAACAAAUGACUAGAUAUUAUAAACGUAAUGAAGAUGAUAACUUUACAAUGUUUAAAUAUGUGACUGAACUAAAUAAUCAGAUUGAAUGCUUAAAUGAUAAUAUCAUAAAUAUAGAGAAAACAAUUAAUGAAUACGAUGAAGAACAAAAAGUGUUUGAAAGACAAAGAGUUAAUAAAAUGACUGAAUUACAGGCACAAAUCAAGUCCGAUAAAGAAGCAGCUAAUACAGCUGAAAAUCGUACAAUACAUAUACAUAAAUUAUUAGAUCAAAUUAAAACAGAAAUAAAACAGUUAACUAUAAAACUUGGUUGUGAUUUAUCUGGAAUAACCGAAAUGCUUGGCGGUGAUGGUGAUCAAAUAACUGAAAGAAAUUUAAUGCUUUAUCUUAACGUAUUAGAACAAAGAGUAGAUGAAUUAUUAUCAGUUAAAUGUUAUUCACAAACUAAAGGACAUAGUGAUGAGAUGAUUCAAGAAAAUCCGAAGAUAACUUUGGCAACAAAUUUCAUGGAAACCGUAAGAACAAACAGAGAUACAUCACUUGUGUUACCAUCUUUACAAGAUGAAGAUGAUACAAAUGAUGAUGAAAAUACACCAACAUCAAUUCGUCCAUUAUCACAAGCUGAAAUAAUUGGUCGAGUUACACGUCAAUUACAAAAAUUGGAAGCGAAACACCAUCCAUCUAUGAAUACAAAUAAAACUUACAGUCGUGUGUCAUCACCUAAUAGGCGACUAAAAAUUCGUAUGUAAAUGAAAACGAAUUCUUCUUUAAAUAAUAAUAAUAAUUAUAGAGUAUCGACUAAGACAUUACUUUUUGAAAGAUGUAAUGAUACCAUCCCAUUUUUAAGUAGGGAAAAAAUAUGCAUUGACUUACAUAUUUGAAAUACACACUGCAUGAUUGAUCUUAUAAUCAUGAUUAAUUUAAUUGUUAUAGAUAAAAAUAAUAUUAUUAUUGGAUUAAUUUCCUUGUUCUGUGAUAUAGAUUUCGACACAUACUGACUUCACUUGGAGAACUGAUGGAAACCAAGAAACAUUGGGUAGUUAUUUAACCAUAGUUUAGCACUCCUUAUCAUUGUGAACACUUAUGAUCUCACCAAAGACUAAGUCCUUAGUUUCAAAAGUUGUCGUCUAACUACUAAUUCGAAAUUAAUCAAUAGUAGACACUUAUUC